AUGUCCCUUGUAAUUACGUCUUCCAUUUACCUCGUUGAAACAGCAGCCAGUUUGGAAAUCGUAAAUCUCUCAAUGCCGACGAGUACAGACCCUGGCCCCGAAAUACAACUUGAAAUUCUAACUGACAUUGAUGCCAAUAUCGUACUGCUUGCGACUGUUGUACAUGCUAAUGAUGCAUUGCUACUCCAAUUCGCUGAUGAAGAACGGUAG